AUGCCGGGCCUCCGCCGCCUCCUGCAGCUCCUGCUGGGCGCUCUCUGCCCGCUCGCCCUCAGCCUCCGACAUGGACCCUCCAAGAUCGCCGUGGUGGGCGGCGGGAUCGGCGGCUCGGCCGCCGCGUAUUUCCUGCGGCAGAAGUUCGGCCGCAGCGUGCAGCUGCACGUGCUGGAGAAGGCAGCGCUGGGCGGCCGGCUGGACACGCUGGACGUGGAGGGGGCCAGCUACGAGGCAGGGGGGUCCGUGAUCCACCCCCUCAACCUGCACAUGAAGCAUUUUGUCCAGGAGCUGGGCCUCUCGGUCGCUACACCCCAGGGCAGCCUCGCAGGCAUUUAUAAUGGGGAGGAAUUUGUGUUUGAGGAGAGCAGCUGGUCCUUCAUCAACCUCCUCAAGCUGCUGUGGCACUAUGGCCUCAACCCCCUGCGCAUGUCCAUGUGGGUGGAGGACAUCCUGGACAAGUUCAUGAGGAUCUACCGGUACCAGAUGCACGACUACGCCUUCAGCAGCAACGAGCGCCUGCUGCACGCCCUGGGCGGCGACGACUUCGCGCGGCUGCUGAACCAGAGCAUCGACGAGGCCAUGCAGAAAGCAGGCUUCUCCCAGAAAUUCAUCAACCAGGUGGUGUGUCCGGCCAUGAGGGUGAAUUACGGCCAAGGGGUCACCAUCCCUGGCUUUGUAGGUGCUGUGUCCCUGGCCGGGGUGCAGUCGGGCCUUUGGUCUGUGAAAGGGGGGAACAAACUCGUGUGCUCCGGCCUCAUCUACUCCUCCAAGGCCGAGGUUAUCCCAGGAACAGUCGUGUCCAUAGAGCCAAAAACCAGACACCAGCGUGGUGGGGACGUGGUGAAGCUCUACGAGGUCACCUACAACACGUCCUCGGGGCUCACCGGGGACACCUACGACAUCGUGGUCAUUGCGGCGCCGCUGGGCCGCAAGAUGGCCAACAUCACCUUCCGCAACUUCGACCCUCCCAUCCCGGAAUUCCCCAAUCCAUACCACCAGACCGUCACCACCCUGGUGCACGGGCGCUUGAACACCUCCUUCUUUGGCUACCAGGACCCCCAGGCCUUUCCCUUUGGGGCCAUUUUCACCAUGGACAACCCCAAACUGUUCAUCAACAGCCUGGGUGUGGUGUCUCCCGUGGUUGACACGGGCACGGGCGAGAAGCUGCCGCUGCCCUCGGCCGUCUGGAAGGUGUUUUCCAACGAGGAGCUCAGCAAGGAGCAGCUCAAUCUGCUCUUCUCCUCCUACGACUCGGUGAAGGUGAAGCCGUGGCUGGCGUAUCCCCAGUACAGCGCUCCCGAGAGCUUUCCCCCCAUCGUGCUGCACGAGCAGCUCUACUACCUGAACGGGCUGGAGCGCGCCGCCAGCGCCAUGGAGAUGAGCGCCAUCGCCGCCCGCAACGCCGCCCUGCUCGCCUUCCACCGCUGGCACGGCCACGGCGCCAGCGUCGACCAGGAGGACCUGCACGAGAGGCUCAAAACGGAGCUCUGACACGCGCCCGGGGCUUAAUUAGCGCUAAUGAACUCUGUGCCGCGCCCCUCCUAGGAGGUGUUUCGUGGGAUCACAGGAUUCCUACAGUUGGAAGGUCUUCGAGAUCAUCAUGACCUUCAAGAUCAUCCAGAUGCCAUAAUUAACUCCAAUGAACUCCAUACUUUGCUCCUCCAAGGAGGUGUUUCAUUGGAUCAUGGGAUCCUUAAGAUUGGAGGGUCUUAGAUCAUAAUGACCUUCAAGGUGCCAUAAUUAACUCUAAUGAACUCAGUGCUUCACCCCUCCAAGGAGGCGUUUCAUAGGAUCGUGGGAUCCUUAAGAUUGGAAGAUCUUCAAGAUCAUCAUGACCUCCAAGAACAUCAAGACCUUCAAGAACAUCAAGACCUUCAAGACCAUCAAGAUCCCAUAAUUAACACUAAUGAACUGCAUACUUUGCCCCUCCAAGGAGGUGUUUCAUAGGAUCAUGGGAUCCUUAAGACUGGAAGAUCUUCAAGAACAUCAAGACCUUCAAGAUCUUCAAAAAACGUCAAGACCUUCAAGAUGCUGUAAUAAACUCUAAUGAACUCCAUACUUUGCCCCUCCAAGGAGGAGUUUCAUAGGAUCAUGGGAUCCUUAAGACUGGAAUAUCUUCAAGAUCAUCAUGACCUCCAAGAACAUCAAGACCUUCAAGACCAUCGAGAUCCCAUAAUUAACACUAAUGAACUCCAUACUUUGCCCCUCCAAGGAGGUGUUUCAUAGGAUCAUGGGAUCCUUAAGACUGGAAGAUCUUCAAGACCAUCAAGACCUUCAAGAUGCUGUAAUAAACUCUAAUGAACUCCAUACUUUGCUCCUCCAAGGAGGUGUUUCAUAGGAUCAUGGGGUCCUUAAGAUUGGAAGAUCUUCAAGAUCAUCAUGACCUCCAAGAACAUCAAGACCUUCAAGAACAUCAAGACCUUCAAGACCAUCGAGAUCCCAUAAUUAACACUAAUGAACUCCAUACUUUGCCCCUCCAAGGAGGUGUUUCAUAGGAUCAUGGGAUCCUUAAGACUGGAAGAUCUUCAAGACCAUCAAGACCUUCAAGAUCUUCAAGACCAUCAAGACCUUCAAGAUGCUGUAAUAAACUCUAAUGAACUCCAUACUUUGCUCCUCCAAGGAGGAGUUUCAUAGGAUCACGGGAUCCUUAAGGUUGGAUGAGUUUCAAGAAGAUCAAGACCUUCAGGAUCAUCAAAACCUUCAAGACCUUCUAGAUCCUCAAGACCCUCAAGUCCAACCAUCAACCCAACUGCGUUCACCGUUAACUUGAUUUUCUCAAGUGCUGCGUCCAUGUGUUUUUUGGAAACUUUCAGGGAUUCUGACUCUGCCACAGCCUAGGCUGGACAAGCCUUCCUUCCAUGACAAAAUUCCUCUCAAUAUCUCAUCUUGAUGUCCCCCAGUGCCACCUGGAGGCUGUGUGGCCAGCUCUGGAGGGAACAGGGGCAGUGAAGCGUUCCCAAGGAAGCUGGGACAACUUUUCCUGCCAAAGAAAAAUUCCUCAGGGAGAAGAUGGGCUGCUGGGAGCUGCCAAAAUGGGUGGGAAAGAGGAAAAACCACCAGUAUCCAUUGCUGUGUUCAGAUAUGAAAGAGUUAAUAAAGAAUUGUUAAGUGUCCAUGUUUUGAAAGAGAAAACCACCAAAAAUAGCACAAAUUUAACACCCACUC